AUGAAGCGCAAAAGAUCCCAAUCCAGCCAGAGCCAACACGAAAGUGUGCGGGUUGACCACUCUCAGUCUACAGUCCUCAACUGGAUCACCCGUCACCGAAUUGACCUGACCAAAAAGCCGAACCAGCGGGACAUUAUGCCGCGGCAGUACGUCUGGAUAUCCUUGCCUGGGGUUCCUACCUACGAAGGGAAGAAGGGCGAGGAGCAGAGAAAGGAUAAGGUUCAGGAGGGGGGUGAGGAUUAUUAUGAAGAUUGGGGCGAUGAUGAGGGCGAUGAAGGAGAGGAACAAGAUGUCUACGAAGAGGAUGUCCGUGGAGUAGAUGUUCGCGGAGAAGAUGACGACGACGAAGACUACGAAUACGUCGGAGACGACGAAGAAGACGAAGACGACAACGUAUACGAAGACAUCGACGAAGACGAAGUCAACUAUGUAGUCAACUACGAAGACAACAACGAAAACGACGAAGAGGACGAGGACUACAACGAAGACGAAGACGAAAACGGCAAUGAAGAUGACGGCGAAGACGAAAACAGCGACGACAACGAAGCGCAGCAACGCGGAAAAAAGCCCGACCACAACAGCACCAAACCCUCUGGCCCGGUCCAGGUUUACGAUCUCCCCCGACCCGAAAACGCGGCCCAGCCGGCGGACAUCACCCAGGUCCACCGUCGCCUCGUCAGUACCUACCUCCGCGUCUUCCUGCUGUCCACGCCCAACACACCAUACCUGCGAUGGGAGUUCUGCUUACCCCAGCACGAUCACUCGGUGCUCAUCCAGCUGUGGACACUCCUCCGGUUAGACAAGGGCUUACUCGAAGAAUUUGCAGACCAGUCGUUUGAGAAGACCUGGCAGGUGAGGCAGCCCGUGUUUGUGGAAAGAUAUAAUGGGUUGUAUUUUGGGAAGUGGGCGCAUGAGUUGUCUACGGCGCCGAGGAAGGCGACGGCAUUGUUUGUUCAGAUGUUUGGAGUUUUGAACCUCAACCCCUGCCGCUGCUGCGAUGAGAACUACCGACGAGCUACCACAACGCUACGUUUUUACAAAAACGGACAGGGCGAAAACAAGUCGCUCCACGUCACGUGGCCGUUUUUCGGCUGCGUAUCCUAUGAAUCGGCCGACAACGGUCGUUGUGGGAACUGCUGGUGGUUGGGCAGGCGGUGCUCGUGGACUGACGUGAAUGAGGGACACCCCCAGUGGGACGCCAAAGCGAAGGGAGACAGAGAUGAACCAAAGGUUGCGGAUAAGUUGCAGGGUGGUGAGAUGUCGCGGCUUGUGCCGAUGAUGUUUGAUGGUGCGUUCGAACGUAUGUAG